CGACACGCCGCGACAACACGCGAACAGGAACCGAUCGGUGGAUGGAUAGAGCAUGGCUGAACCGCAAACGACGACCGAUCCACUACUCACUAUCGCAUCCGCAUCAUCCGCCGCCGCCGCGACACAGGACCCGAAAGAUUCACCCUCGACGCAAUCGCAGGGUCAGUCGUCACCGAAGCGCAAGGCCGAGGAUGCUGGCAGCAGCGUCGUCCCGGACAGCACCACCAACAGCAGCGGCGAUGGCAAGAAAAAGCGGCGCAAGGUCAAUCAUGCGUGUGUAUACUGUCGACGAUCGCAUAUGACAUGCGAUCUGGAGCGGCCAUGUGCGCGCUGUGUCAAGCGUGAUAUCGGCCAUUUGUGCCACGAUGAGCCCCGAGAGCCGCCAAAGAGAAGCAAGAGCGAGCUUGUCGUCGCUGAACUCGCCCCAGCACCAGGCGAUGGCCUGAACGGCCAUACCGCGGCACAUCUUCACGGCAACGGGGCGGGGAGUGGGAUCGGGAAUGGGAACGGGAAUGGCAUGUCUCUGGUCAAUGGCGUGUCGCAGCAGGCCCAGCUCGCCCAAACCACAACCAUAUCGCCGGCGAAUAUACAGAGGUCCACUCCGCAAACGGCGGACAGCACUGCGGGAUUCCUCCAGAACGUCGACUGGAACAAUAAUGGCGUACAGAGUCAGUUCCAGGACAUGCACCACCUGCAUCCGAACUACAUGUUCAACCACCCAGAAGUCACGAAUGAGUACAACCUGCUGAAUGACUUCCUGUCCUCUUCCAUUAUGGAAGACGGAGCCAUGUAUACCGACUCCAAUACCGAAGCGCUCUUCGAGGACCCUCUGCUAGCAACUUCCGCCAUGGUCGCCCAUGUUAACGAUCCCGAUCUCGCCAGCCUGAAUAGCACUGUCCAGUCAGCCACCACUUCCAAUGCCGGUCCACAGCAACGGCCUCCCUCACAGCCCAUGCAACCUCCGAGCCUGCCUACUCCCCAAGUUGCUCCAGGACAGGACACCACGCGCCCCUCCUCCACAUAUCAAAUUGACUCCAGGGCCCGCGACAAGUUCUACAUGACCGCCGCUGAUCCUGCCGGACUCUCCUCCGCCGAGGAUCGUCUUCAAAAGCUGCUCAAGGCAAAAUAUGACGCCGGAAUGCUCAAGCCUUUCAAUUACGUCCGCGGCUACGCGCGUCUGAACCAAUACAUGUCGAAACAUGUCACUCGAGCAUCCCAACUACGGAUACUCAAGCAGCUCGAUCGCUUUCGACCCAAGUUCCGGGAAGCUAUGCAGUCUCUGACAGAUAUGCAGCUGGUGCUAGUGGAAAUGUGGUUCGAACGUUCGCUCAUGGAGUAUGAUCGAGUUUUCGCAAGUAUGGCUAUACCCGCCUGCUGCUGGCGUCGAACAGGCGAGAUCUUUCGCGGGAAUGCUGAGAUGGCUGAACUGGUUCGAGUGCCUGUAUCUCAUCUGCGAGAUGGAAAGAUGGCAAUGCACGAGAUUGUCAAGGAGGACAGCUUAGUUUCGUACUGGGAAAAGUUCGGGGCUAUAGCUUUCGAUCAGAGCCAGAAAGCUAUCCUGACGAGUUGUACACUUAUGCGACCAGCUAAAAGGAAAGACGAUAGUGACGGGGACGAUGCAGGGAAGGAGCAGAAAGAGAAGAUGGAGGCUGUCCGGUGUUGCUUUUCCUUUACUAUCAGAAGGGAUACGCAUAACAUACCCUCUCUGAUCGUAGGCAAUUUUCUGCCUAUUACGGAACGACGACAACCGAAUGGACAACAGCAAUAGUAUUGCUUGCCACGCGAGGUUGACGGCUUCGUCACGGAUUGAAAACAGCUCGAUAACGAAGGAAGAGCAGCUCCAACUCUUUAUGGAUUCAUGACUUGUACAUAACUUUUCACUUUGAAGUGUACAUAAAUUUGUAUAUACGAACCACGAUAGG